UCAGAAAAUUUUAAAUCUUUAAAUCCCGAUUCAUCUCUCAUCUUUCAGGGUUCGACAGUCGCAGAUUCAGUUCUUGAUGAUCUUUUAAAAAACGCCCGAACAUGCACCCACACUCGCCCUUGCAGCACCCCUCCCGGCCAUGAUGCGGCUCUUACACAUACACGUUAUCAGACUCACACCCAAGCUCUGGCAUCUGAAGAAGAUGAUGACACAAACAACAAAAAAAUUACCGGUUCAAGGCCAAGAAGACCUUCAGGAAACAGAGCAGCAGUUCGGAAGUAUAGGGAGAAAAGGAAGGCUCAUACAGCUUAUCUCGAAGAGGAAGUCGAGAAAUUGCGUCUUUUGAACCAACAACGGGUUAGAAAAUUACAGGGUCAAGCAAUUCUCGAAGCUGAGGCUUUGAGAUUGAAAAGUUUUCUGCUGCACCUUGGUGGAAAGAUUGAUAAUGAGUUGGGUGUUUUUCCCAACCAAAAGCAGGGUAACACUAAUGCCAUGUUGAAAAAAAGCGAUUGUGGGUUGCAGUCUGCUGGUGUGGCAAUUAGCCUACGAUGUCCGACUAAUUUACCAUCCUUCCAUCCACAUGUUGAGUCAUCAUCGCAGGCUGGUACUGGUGGAAGUGGGAAGACGGUGAUAUCUUUGGACGAACACUGCGAACCUGCAAUCACAGAUUGCCGAGCUAGCACAAAUCAGAUGGUGAAUUUUGAAGGACAAACACUGGAAACGGUGGAGACCUUGGUGUCAUCUGCAUCACAGGCAGAAUAAGUAGCAAGAGAGUUAUCAUUUGUUAGUUUCUUGUGAUCAUCCUUUCUGUAAAAUUUGCAUAAUUUCUAUCGGUAUACUGUUUUUCAAUGUAACUUACUUUUAGGGGAGAGCACUAUGUAGUAGUGCUUGUAAGAAUGAGAGUUCCAUGUUGGUAUACUAUCAAGCCUGUAUAUGCCCAUUACUGAUACAAAUUUGACUCUUUGAGCAUAUCAGUUUCGUUCUUCCCUUGAUGAAUGUGCAUAUCAGUCUUGUUAA